AUGAGGAGGCCCUCCCAGCAGCACUCCUUGCUCCCCUGCAUCCUCCUCCUCCUCCUGCUCCUUGUUUCCAUGUCACACCUGCCGAGCUCGAGCCAUGGCUUGAGAACGCUGAGGGAGGAAGAAGAAGCGGUCGGUGAGCUCAUCACAGGCCAGCAUGAGCUUCCCCCAACCAUCUCCCCUACUCAAGAAGCAGGCGGCGACGACGUUGCCGCUGCCGACGACAUCGGCGCCGGGAAGUUCACCGUGUCGAGGAGAGCGGUUCCUCAGGGGCCCAACCCUCUGCACAACUGA